CAGUCCAAAGUCAAAAAAUCAUUUUAUUUCAUGAGUUAUCCAAGAUAUGUAUUUGACCCAUCCCAGAUAUUACUUCAACUGAUAAGAAUUUCAAGUGUGAUUGUUAUUGGAGUACAUCUUUAGAUGCUUAUGAAAGUUUUUAAAUAUACGCAUCUGUGUAUAUGUGAAUAGUUUUUUUAAUAGAAAUCAGUAAUUAAUUCAGAUUAUAUUUAUGCUUGUACUUAACAACUGCUAUUUUAAGGUAAAUUUCUAUUCCUUCAAGAUGAUCCAAUUUUCAUAACGCAAUAAGAAGUUUAUAUUUUACAAAUGAUUUAAGGAGUGCUUGUUGUUAUCUGUAGCAUAAUACUUUCACAUUUUGACUGAUUUCCGACUUUUGAAAAAUGGAGAAAAUUGUGUUCGCAGAUACUUUUACGAAAACUUUUAAGAAAGUGAUCAAGGUUCCAUCAGUUGUCAUCGAUGAUCCCAUUUUCCGUUUGCAUUACAAAUUUACUGGAUUGGCACUUCUGUUUGCCAGUAUUUUGGUAUCAGGCUAUCAGUUUUUUGGUAAUCCAAUUAUGUGCAUUCAAAGAGAUGAUGUUCCUGAACAGCUUCUCAAUACAUACUGCUGGAUAGAAGGUACAUUUACCCUGCCAAAAGCUCUGACCAAAAAAGUUGGCACAGAAGUAGUUCAUCCUGGUGUAGAUAAAUAUGAAGCCGGAGAUGAAGUUGUGGAGCAUUCAUAUUACCAAUGGGUAUGUUUUGUGCUUUUCCUUCAAGCUACAAUCUUCUGUUUUCCCCAUUUCUUGUGGAGAAAUCUGGAAUCUGGACGUAUGAAAAAUUUGGUACAGAAGCUAAGAAAUCCUGUAUUAACAUCUAAGGAAAGUGAAGAAUGUUUUAAUGGACUUGCAUGCUAUUUUCGUGGGCGACGAUUUGAACACCAGUAUUAUGCUAUUAAGUUUCUUUUCUGUGAGAUUCUCAACCUUGUCAUUGUCAUUGCACAGAUUUACUUUAUAGAUGUGUUCCUUGGAGGUCAAUUCCGCAAAUAUGGGAUUGAGGUUAUCAAGUAUGCUAAUGAAGAGCAAGAGAAUCGUCUGGAUCCCAUGAUCAAAGUCUUUCCUCGAAUCACUAAGUGCACUUUUCACAAGUAUGGUUCUUCUGGCGAUGUACAGAAGCAUGACGCCCUUUGUCUGCUACCUUUAAAUAUAAUUAAUGAGAAAAUUUUCAUUGUUAUGUGGUUCUGGUUUGUUAUUUUGGCAGUACUGGACGGCGCCCUUCUUUUGUACCGUCUUAUUGUCAUAAUAUCUGGACAAGCUCGUUACCUCCUUCUGAGUUGCGUAGCCAGUCUUACUUCCAGGAAUGAAAUUAAAUCACUCAUUCCAACUGUCACAUAUGGAGAUUGGUUUUUGUUGUAUCUUUUAGCUGAUAAUAUUGAUAAUGUCCACUUUCGAAAAUUUAUUUUAGAGUUGAAACAUGGAAAAUGCCCUCCUACAUUUGAACCAGGUGUAGUUAAGUUGGACGAUGUUGAUAAAGGAUUGACAAAAGAAGAUAUUCCAUCUAAUAAUAAAGAUGAAAGUGUUGUUUAAAAACAGUAGGAAAAAAAACUGACACCAUUCAGCAGCAAACAUUGAAGAUAAUAGCUGUUUUAGCUUAGUAUAGUAUUUCCUGUGUGUUAUAAAUUUAUUUUACUAAAAGUUAAAGCUUCUUAAACCUUAAUUUUAUCACAUUUUGUAGCCUUUUAGUUAAAACCUGGGAAUUUAAAAAUGAUUCAUUUUGAAUAUCUACUGUAUUAUAUUCUGUGCACUAUUUCUUAUGUUGUAAUGUUUUUUUAUUUCCAAAUUAUUUUACACAGUUUAGUGAGUAAGUUAAUUAUAGUGUAAUAAAAUUUUAUAAAUAAUUCGUAUUUUAUUGAAUGUUUAAAAAUAAUUAAUAAAAUCUUUGGAUGAAAAACUCAUAUUUUAAUAACUUAUAUAACAUAUUUUUAUAUUUAAUUUCACAACUGGAUAUAUAAUCUUCUGUGUGAUUCAGAAAUGUAUUUUAGUUAAAAUACAUUUUUUACUGUCAUUAACUGUCAGAAAAUUAUUUCCAAUGUUCAGCUCGCAUUUCAUUUCCAUAUAUAUUAUACAGAAGAAAAAUAUUUAAAUGAUAAUAAAUAUUAUAUUUCAUUAUGAUUACCUUUAAAAAAGCAAUUGGUUUAUAUUUGUUCCAAAUUUUACUUCGUAUUUUCUUUACUAAAAAUUGUAAUUGUUGUCAUUCUGAAUGACAAAUAAUAAUUAUCCAUUAAAUCAUUGUAAAAAAUACUUCUUUGUACAAAAUUCAUACUGGAAUUAAAUUUAUAUUAAUUCAGACAUAAUGUAGGAAAGUUAAUAGUCCCUAAACUGUUUUUUUUAUCAAUAAAGAUUUAAUUUUGAGCUAUAUUUAAAGCUUCAGAUAGUAAUAUCCCUAUGGACUGUCUACCCAACAUAUAUGAAAAUUCUUAACUACCUUAUUAAUUUUUAUGUAUUUUAAAUAUUACUGUUCAGAUAAGAAUAAAUGCAAUGUUCUUUUCUUGUG